AUGCUAAACUUCUUACCUGGUGAACCUAAUAAGACAAUACAGACUAUUUGUCAUAAAACGUGGAAAAGGCAUACAAUUUUAGCAUAUUGCUCUGGGAAUAAUUUAAUUAUCCUUUCAAAUAGGUUUACGAAGCUUCAAACAAUUUACUUUGAUAAUGAUGCUACUGCAGUUGAUAUUAGUGAAAUCUCUGGAUUAAUUGCAAUAGCCGUUGGGAACGUUGUACAUAUUUAUGAACCUCUGCAUAAUAUAUCAAAAGAUCCAAAAUGGGUUGCAAGUACUACAAUAUUUCAUGAUGAAUCUCGAGUUAACUGUUUGGAAUGGACUCUGAAUGAUGAGAUAGUGGUUGGAUCGGACUAUCUAUCUUUAUGGAAGUUUAAAAGUGAUAUUAAUACCCUUUGUCCUUAUCUACUAUGGACACAGAGGCAUCCAACACCAGUUUAUAGAUGUUUGGUGUCACAAGAUGCCCAACUUAUUGCUACUCUUGGCAAGUAUGAUAAAAAAUUGAAGGUUUGGAGAAGGAUAAGCAACGCUGGGGACCAUGUACUCUUUGAUUUGACUUUGAUUCCGCAUGUUGGGUACGUUACAAUGUUCCGCUGGCGGAAAGUUGAAUCCGAAACACAACCGACGAUACAUAUACUUUACACACUAUGUUCAGAUUAUAAUUUUAGGAUUUGGUCGAAUUUUGAUAAUGAGAACAAAAAUAAUGUACAGAAUUGGGGCACCAUACAACUAGAUAAGGGGAAGGGUGAAAGAUUUGCAUUAGUUAUCGAUAACUGGAUACUGGAAAGGACAAUUCCUAAAGAUUCAUCUAAACCCUUUUUAAACUAUCUAUCUGAUAAUCAUGUGGAGAUGGUGGGUAUUAUAUCAACCAAGGGACUGUUAAGGGUGAUUGCAUUAGAAAAUUUGUCGGAGGAUCCUCCAAGGAUUGUCAACAUCACUGAGUUGAAGACUGUAAAACUUAAUUCCUCCUGGUUUACAUCUAAUCCCAAAUUUCUUUACUUCGCAGAACCUAGGGUGUUCGACAAUUCUGUGCAUAAAAUAUCUAUAAUAAUCCAUGACUUAAGAGGUUCCAUUAAGCAUUUAUUGAUUUCAGUUGAUAAACUUUUUGAACAAAACUCUGUGACGAAUGUAUUAGAACACAAAUUUACGGGACAUAAUAAAUCGAUCCAAAAAUUGCAAAGAAGUAGUGACGGUGAAGCAGUUUUAACUAUAAGCAGAUUUGAUGAGAAUUCACUGUGGGUUCCUCAACCUCUACACUCAGGAAUCUCAUUGAAGAAAAGAAGCUCUAUUCUGACAACUUCACCAGUAUAUCAUGCAUUAGUGCAUGAGAAGGGUGCUUUGGUUAUCACUUUAUUAAGGUCUUACAAACUUCAGGCCUGGGAUUGCUCAUCAGUGAAAUCGAAAGUGGCUGCGCUGAUUUGUGAAACGGAAAUCAAUAGUGAAAGAGGCUACCCACUACUAAUGAUAGCAACUCCUGAGAAGAAGCAUAAUCAUGAAUGUCAUUUUGUUUCCCUUCUCUAUUCAACUGGACAUGUUGAAUGCUAUAAAGUUACCAAUAGUGCCAUCACCCAGAUUCAGUCGAAUAAAAUACAAGUUGAUGACGAUGAUGGUGGAACUAUUUAUUUGGCAUCUGCGAUAGAUCCAGUUCAGCAUACCUUCUUCAGCGAUAGAAACUUAGUUGCCACUAUAUCCUCAUCCGGGCUCGUUCGGACACAUAAGGCGUUGGUCGCAGCUGAUCAAUCUUCCAUUGUUUGGAAAGUAAGCCAUGAAAUGAACACUAAUAUAAAAAAUUCAUCGCGACUUUCUGGUUCUUCUUUUGAGAAGAUAUGUAUAGUUGAUUCAACCAGAAAAGUGUUCUCAAUUUGGGAUAUUAACAAGGAUGUUGUAGAAUGUGAGUAUAAUUUUGAGACCCCAAUUUUGGAUAUCGACUGGACAAGUACAAGAAUGGGUCAGAGCAUUGUAUCGAUUGGUUUUGAUAACCACGUAAUUUUAUUUACUCAGUUAAGAUAUGAUUACACUAAUAAGCUCCCCAGUUUUUCUCCAAUAAAAAAGAUAGAAAUUGCAAAGCAUACUACGCAUAGAAUUGGAGACUCUACAUGGUUAAAGGAUGGAACAAUAGUUGUAGCUUCGGGUAACCAACUUUUCAUAGAGGAUAAACAGUUGGACUUAACUGACAAUUUUACAGUAAGGUCAAUUGGUUCGAGAUGGUUGAUUUCCGACGACAUUUUGCAUUUAUCUAGUGUACUAAAUGGACCUCUGCCUGUCUAUCAUCCUCAAUUCUUAAUCCAAGCAUUAUAUUUUGGUAAGAUAAAAUUAACAAAAGGAAUUUUAUUGAGAUUGUUUUCAAAAUUGAGACAAAUUGAGUUUAACCCUGAUCUAAGAGAUGCAUUGUCUUCAAACCUAGAUUUAAAUUACGGGAAUUUUAUAAUGGCAUCCGAGAAAAACUACGUUAGUGAUACAGCUGAAGAUGCAUGCGAAAAUUUUGAUAGUAACGUGUCUUCCAGGUUGCGAGAGACGUUAACAAAAGUGAUGCUACCAUAUUUGACACGAAAUCAGCAAAAAACAUUGAUAACGGUUGUAGAGGCCUUGGAGGAAAUGAGUAAAAAUGAAAGGAGUGUGGAUUUUAGCGGCUUAUUAUUUAUUCUGGGAUUGAAACUAUUUAUUGCACAUAUGAAAACCCAGCCUUCUGUUACAAUGAGGGAUGUCGCGUGGGCACUUCAUUCUGAAAACAAGCAGGUUUUAUUAUCAUUGAUUGAUUCUGAUCUGAAUUCCUGGUCAAGAGCAAAACAAUAUAGGAUAUCAUAUUGGGCAACAGAAGAAGAUUUAAAAAGAAAAUUCGAGCACAUUGCAAAGUUUGAAUUUGCAGUUGAUGGUACUAACAAUCCAUUCAACUGCGCGAUAUUCUAUCUGGCGUUAAAGAAGAAAAACGUUUUACUAGGGUUAUGGAAGAUAUCCUCUUCUCAUCCAGAGGGGGCUAAAAUGUUGAAAUUUCUGAAGAACGACUUCUCUGAACCUCGUUGGAGAACUGCUGCAUUAAAAAACGCAUUCGUACUGGUUAGUAAACAUCGAUACCUAGACGCAGCUUGUUUCUUCCUUAUAGCAAAUUCGCUAAAAGACGCCGUGAACGUUUUAGUGACGAAGGUGAAUGAUCUAGAUCUUGCUAUUGGCGUUUGCAGGGUCUACGAGGGCGACAAUGGACCUGAACUGUAUAACAUGCUAAUAAAGUACGUUUUACCUGCUGCAAUCGAAGAAAACGACGGUUGGACUUCGACUUUUGUGUUCUGGAAGUUGCGGAAGAGAGCUUUAGCAAUUAAAAGUCUAUUAAUGUCUCCAUUGGAGUUCAGUUCAGACUUCGAAGGUAUAAAUAAGGAUCUCAUCGUCAAUAAAUCCUACUUAAUGGAAGAUCCUGCGCUACUGCAUCUUUACUUACAACUACGGAAAAAGAAGAUAGAUUAUUUUAAGGGAUCUUUGGAGAUCAAUGAAAACACGGAAUACAAUAUUAUUAAAAAGGUUGCCAAUAUUUAUUUCCGCAUGGGAUGUGAAUACUUAUCUUUAUCCUUACUGCGGAACUGGGACUUCACUGAAAAAAGGAAAAUGGCCAAAACGCAAAAUGUAGAUCUUCGUGAAAUGGAAAAUAAAAUGCUUGAGCAAGGUAAUAUGUUAAGUGGUGGGUCGCAUCCAAACAUGUUCCAAAAAUCUGAACAAGCUUCAUAUUCAGCAUCUUUCAACGAUACAUCGUCACCGAGGAAUAUCCUGGAUGAGUAUAUGAAUCAAAAGCAGUCUCCACGUUCAAAGGUCGUUAGCUUAUCUAUUACACAUACUUCUGAUAAUCCGGCCUCUUCAAGGCCUCCUCGUCAGGCUUCAACUCCAAGGAAUCUUCUUGAUGAAUACAUGAAUUAG